AUGGAUUUGGAGCACCCUAUCAACGGAGCAUGGGCUCGGGAAAACAUGCCAAACGAACACGCAAAAGUCAGUCGCCUUGUGACAGAACUCUGGCUAUUGCGCCAUGAGAGGAGUGUGCUUGUUGCGAAUUUAAAGCGCCAAAAUCAAAAGGCCAAGGAAAAAAAUGCGUGCCGGAUAGCAGAUUUUGAGAAGCAGGAAAAAAAGGCGAAACCCGCAGAUAAGCCCGCUAUGUCGGAAUGCGAGAAAUCAGCCUUGAAGCAACUCCAGGACACUGAGAUAGAGGGGGCUAAAUUAAAACUGGAAAUCGGCUGGCAGAAAGACAUAUUGAAGAGACUCAAGUAA